UGAAAAUUAGAAUGGAUGAGGAUGAUGGAUUUGAGGAUGCAGGGACAGGGACACCUUUAUCUGCGAUAGCUGAGGCAUUUGAGGAACUUUCAUCAAACCAUGAUCUUAUGCUCAAGCCUUUUUGUCAUGCUUGUUCCCAUGUUUCUGUCCUCUUUGGAUCUCUAGGGAUCGCUUUUAAAUUUGCUGAGCUUGAAUACGUUUCAAAGGUACGUGAUCUUACAGCAGCAUCAGAAAUAUUUGGCAGUUUGAACAGUAUCCUUGAUUAUGAUGUUAGAAAUGAUACAGUCAGAACAGCAGGAAGCCUUUCACGCAAUUUACGCAGAGUUCGUCAGGGUCUAGACCUAAUAAGGGCUUUGUUUCAGAAUUUUCUUUCAACCUAUGACGACUCACUAAAAGAAGCUGCUUCAAUGGCGUAUGCAAAAGUUUGUGCACCUUAUCAUACAUGGGCUGUCAGAACUGCUGUAUCUGCUGGCAUGCGUGCUCUUCCAACAAGGGACCAACUUCUUAUCAAGUUAAAUGAGACUGAUGAUUCAGUGGAGAGAGAAAUGAGAAGAUACAUUGAUGCUUCACUUCCGAUCAUCGAAUACAUUGACAAACUGUAUAUUUCAAGGAAUAUAAGCUUGGAUUGGUGAUCUCUUCGCGUUUGCGUGGGAAGAAAACAACCAAGAAGAAA